GGCGAGCCCAGCUCCUUUAUGAAUCGGAAGCCAUGGGAACUGCCACUGGCAUAGAGCACUUCAUAUUCACGGCAUCAUCUCGCUUAGGAUGCUUUGUCAUUUUAGUUGGAGAGAGAUGGCUAUAAAAUACAUCUUCUUGCUCCUCCUCUUCUUCUUCCCUUCUCUUCUCGCUCACAUUCAAAGGUAACCAGAUGGACCUUCAACUAUAGAGGUUUCUGUCAUAACUACCUGCUUAAGGCCUGAUGUGGGCACUUCAUUAUCAAACAAGAAAAACUUUUACCAUUUUAUCACAUUAAUAUCCUCUUUCUUUCAAUGCUUAAUAGCACCACAUCAAGCUCCGCCAGAUCCUCCAGUCCUACGGCUUGAUUGUGGCUUAUUAUAUCCCAAAAGACAUGCAGGCCGCGGUAAUUGCAUUAUAUUCUGCCAUAGCCCCAUAAUGUCAGGAUUAUGUCCAAGACACUUAAACAAGGCGUUCCGCAAGCUUCUCGCCAAUCACAGCAUACACAAGAGUCUGCCUACCUUGAGAGACCUCCAAUCCGCCAUAUCAAGCUCCACCAGGCCCUGCAAGGAACUCCAACACGCCAGCAUCCCAACUGCCAAUAUGUACCAAUCACUACCCCCCUCUACAACUUCCGCGGUGUUCCAAAGGCCAUCCUCUACUUGCCCUUGCCCGUGGCGUACACUAAUGCCAAUGUUGGGAACCCGGUUCCGCUUCCCGUGAAAUGCGACUCUGAUGUUAUCCAUGCAAAGCUAAUGGCUUCGAAGCUCGGAUUACAGACACGCACUCUUAAUAGAGAGGAACUCCUGAAUCGUUUGGCUCACAUCUAUAAGAAUCACCGAAACAUUGGUUCAGUCAACACUGAUGAUAGUACCUACCUUUGGUUCCGUUUGGCGAAUAGACCAGCUAGAGCUGAAGAUGCUCUGGGCAUCUACAAAUUCAAGCAUCAACCGAUUACUCCUCUGGUCGCGAAUAUGAAGAUUUUCGACUUCAACCGUUACGCGCGAAUCACUGGCGUCAACAAGUUCACCACUGUUAAUCUUCAGAAAGAAUGGGAGACCACUGGGUCUGUUGUAAUUCCCCAGCUAAUGCGCUGGUGGAAUGAUAAACUACAAGGCGCUACCACUACAGUUCUCACCCGUGUCAACGGCGAAUACGACAUGUACUACCACCAUCAACGAAUGAUGGGAGGUCGCGGCGGACCUUUUUGCAUGGGCCAUGGGCUCCAUGGGGUAGUAGAGGGCUUGAAAUUCGGAUAUCGCCAGGCUUGCAAAUGA